AUGGCCGAGGGCUGGCGCUGGGCCGGGCCGGGCCGGGGCGCCCCGCGGCCGAGCCCCCGCCGCGCCGUCAGCGUCUGCGAGUCGCUGGACUUGCAGGGCGUCCCCGCCGUCCAGGCCGCGCUCGGCGCCGCGCAGCAGCAGCGCCGGCGGCCCAAGAGCUUCUGCGCGGCGGGGAACGGGCUGCCCGGGGCGCUGCUGCCGCCGCCGCCCCCCGCCCGCGCCCGCGGCCGCCUCCUGGAGCUGCUCCGGCUGCGCUCGCCCCGCAGGCAGAGCCCCGAGGCGGAGGGCGACGGCCCCGACGAGGCGCAGCGCCCGCGGCCCAGCAGCAUGACCUUCCUGCCCAGCGCCCGGCCGCCGCACGCCGCCGAGAGCCCCGGCUUCCUCCGGGGGGGCUCCCUGUGGGGCAGCCGCCGCUGGAACAUCUUCGGCGGCAGCGGCUGGAGCGGCUCCAGCCCCAGGAAGAACUUCAGCUCCCUGCGGAAAAGCUUCAGUUUCCGCCUGCGCCGGGGCCACGAGCUGCGGCGCUCGGAGUCCGGGGGGCUCCUGCGCCCCACGCGCCUCCGCACCAAGAGCGAGGGCGAUGCCAGCUCCCUGCACACCUGCCCCAGCAAGCGGGACCUGCUGUAUCCCGAGCUGGCCAGGGUCGGGGGCCGGCUGCACACCGACCCCGUGCAGACGGGGGGACUCUGGAAGCUCCUCACGAGCCGCUUCCGAAGGCGAGAGCGUGGCAGCACUGGCAGCGUGUGCCCCAAGGAUGCCCAUGGCAGUGUUGAGCCUGCCCUCCUGGCUGGGGGUCCUCUGCGGGCUCUGGAUUCGUUUGUGAACAGCCAGGAAUGGACCCUGAGUCGCUCGGUGCCUGAGCUGAAGGUGGGCAUCGUGGGGAACCUGUCCAGUGGCAAGUCAGCCCUGGUGCACCGCUACCUGACCGGCACCUACGUGCAGGAGGAGUCUCCAGAGGGUGGCCGGUUCAAGAAGGAGAUCGUGGUGGAUGGCCAGAGCUACUUGCUGCUGAUUCGAGAUGAAGGGGGCCCCCCUGAGCUCCAGUUUGCUGCCUGGGUGGAUGCAGUGGUGUUUGUCUUCAGCCUGGAGGACGAGAUCAGCUUCCAGACCGUCUACAACUACUACCUGCGGCUCUGCAGCUACCGGAACACCGCCGAGGUGCCCAUGGUGCUGGUGGGCACGCAGGAUGCCAUCAGUGCCACCAACCCGCGCGUCAUCGACGACUCCCGCGCACGGAAGCUCUCCAACGACCUGAAGCGCUGCACCUACUACGAGACCUGUGCCACCUACGGCCUGAACGUGGAGAGGGUCUUCCAGGAUGUGGCUCAGAAGGUGGUGGCUCUCCGCAAGAAGCACCAGCUCUCCAUCGGCCCCUGCAAGUCCCUGCCCAACUCACCCAGCCACUCAUCUGUGUCUGCAGCCUCCAUUCCUUCUGUGCACAUCAACCAGGCCACCAACGGUGGAGGAGCCUUCAGUGACUACUCGUCGUCCGUGCCCUCCACCCCGAGCAUCAGCCAGCGGGAGCUGCGGAUCGAGACCAUCGCUGCCUCCAACACGCCCACCCCCAUCCGCAAGCAGUCCAAGCGGCGCUCCAACAUCUUCACGUCCCGCAAGGGCGCCGACCCGGAGCGCGACAAGAAGGUGCCCGAGUGCAAGGCGGACAGCAUCGGCAGCGGGCGGGCCAUCCCCAUGAAGCAGGGCAUUCUCCUCAAACGCAGCGGCAAGUCCCUCAACAAGGAGUGGAAGAAGAAGUACGUGACGCUGUGUGACAACGGGGUCCUCACCUACCACCCCAGCCUGCACGACUACAUGCAGAACGUGCACGGCAAGGAGAUCGACCUGCUGCGGACCACGGUGAAGGUGCCGGGCAAGCGGCUGCCCCGCGCCACGGCCGCGCCCGGCGCCAGCCCCAAGGCCAACGGGCUGCCCAAGGACAGGAGCAGCUCCCAGCUGGCAGCGGGCACAGGUGCUCCCCACUCGACCAGCAGCACGUCCCUGCACUCGGAGCGCUCCAUCAGCGGCAUCAACCUGGUGGGUUUCAGCUCCAAGCCGGACGGGAUGCACCAGCGCUCCUACUCUGUCUCCAGUGCCGACCAGUGGAACGAGGCCGUGGCCAUCCCCGGCAGCUGCCCCAACCCCUCUAACGGUACUGCCGACUCCCUCAGCUCCAGCCCAAACAUUUCCAGUGCUGCCAGCCCAAAGCUGGAGCCGCCUCCGUCACCACAUGCCAACAGGAAAAAGCAUCGCCGGAAAAAGAGCACAGGGACAACUCGGCUGGAUGGCCCCAGCACGGCAGCAGAAGAACCAGAUGAGCCAUUUGAGUUCAUUAUCGUGUCACUGACGGGCCAGACGUGGCUCUUUGAAGCCUCAACGUCAGAGGAGCGGGAGCUCUGGGUACAGGCCAUUGAGAGCCAGAUCCUGGCCAGCCUGCAGGGCUGUGAGAGCAGCAAAAACAAGGCUCGGCUGGGCAGCCAGGGCGACGCGCAGGCCAUGCAGGCCGUCCGCACGGCGCGCGGGAACAGCUUCUGCGUGGACUGCGACGCUCCCAAUCCGGACUGGGCCAGCCUGAACCUGGGUGCUCUCAUGUGCAUCGAGUGCUCCGGGAUCCACCGCAACCUGGGCACCCACCUGUCCCGUGUGCGCUCCCUGGACCUGGAUGACUGGCCUAGCGAGCUUCUCAUGGUCAUGACGGCCAUCGGCAACGCCCUCGCAAACGCUGUCUGGGAGGGAAUGGUGGAGGGCUACCCCAAGCCCACGCCUGAGAGCAGUCGGGAGGAGAAGGAGCGCUGGAUCCGGGCUAAGUAUGAGCAGAAGCUCUUUCUGGCUCCUCUGCCCCAGUCUGACAUCCCGCUGGGGCAGCAGCUGCUGCGGGCUGUGGUGGAGGAUGACCUGCGGCUCGUGGUGACACUCCUGGCCCAUGGCACCAAGGAGGAAGUGAACGAGACCUACGGAGACGGAGACGGGCGCACAGCGCUGCAUCUCUCUUGCGCAAUGGCCAAUGUGGUCUUCACACAGCUGCUCAUCUGGUACGGAGUGGAUGUGAAGAGCCAGGACGCUCGGGGCCUGACUCCACUGGCCUACGCCCGGCGAGCAGGCAGCCAGGAGUGCAUCGACAUCCUGCUGCAGCACGGCUGCCCCAGCGACAGCGCCGCCACGCUGACCCCCAGCCUGCCGCGCCGCAACGCCAACGCCAACAACAACGCCACGCCCGUGGAGCUCAGCACCGGCCCCGGCACGGGCUAGCCCGGCACUGCCCUCUGCUCACCGCGCCCGUGGAGCUCAGCCCUGGCACGGACUGGCCCGGCACAGCCCUCUGCUCACUGUGCCCAUGCAGCUCAGCACUGGCCCGGGCUAGCCCAGCACUGCCCUCUGCUCACCGUGCCCAUGGAGCUCAGUGCCAGCCCCAGCACGGGCUAGCCCGGCACUGCCCUCUGCUCACCGCACCCGUGGAGCUCAGUGCCAGCCCCAGCACGGGCUAGCCCGGCACUGCCCUCUGCUCACCGUGCCCAUGGAGCUCAGUGCCAGCCCCAGCACGGGCUAGCCCGGCACUGCCCUCUGCUCACCGCGCCCGUGGAGCUCAGUGCCAGCCCCAGCACGGGCUAGCCCGGCACUGCCCUCUGCUCACCGCGCCCAUGGAGCUCAGCACUGGCCCAGGCUAGCCUGGCACUGCCCUCUGCUCACCGUGCCCGUGCAGCUCAGUGCUGGCCCAGGCUAGCCCAGCACUGCCCUCUGCUCACCGCGCCCGUGGAGCUCAGCCCUGGCACGGACUGGCCCAGCACAGCCCUCUGCUGACUGUGCCCGUGGAGCUCAGCCCUGGCACGGACUGGCCCAGCACUGCCCUCUGCUCACCGUGCCCGUGGAGCUCAGUGCCAGCCCCAGCGCGGGCUAGCCCAGCACAGCCCUCUGCUCACUGUGCCCAUGCAGCUCAGCACUGGCCCAGGCUAGCCCGGCACUGCCCUCUGCUCACCGUGCCCGUGCAGCUCAGUGCUGGCCCGGGCUAGCCUGGCACUGCCCUCUGCUCACCGCGCCUGUGGAGCUCAGCCCUGGCACGGACUGGCCCGGCACUGCCCUCUGCUCACCGCGCCCGUGGAGCUCAGUGCCAGCCCCAGCGCGGGCUAGCCCAGCACAGCCCUCUGCUGACUGUGCCCGUGGAGCUCAGCCCUGGCCCGGGCUAGCCCGGCACUGCCCUCUGCUCACCGCGCCCGUGGAGCUCAGUGCCGUUCCCAGCAUGGGCUAGCCUGGCACGGCCCUCUGCCCGUUGUGCCCAUGCAGCUCAGUGCCGUUCCUGGCACAGCCUCUGGCCGUGCACAGCUGCCCUCCAGCCCUGCCGCGGAGCAGGGCCGCAGGAGCGGCUCUGAGAGCCCCACAGUCCCUGCCCAGCAGAACCCCGCUCUAGCCAGGAGAGGCGGGGAGCCAGCUGGGAGCCAGGUCUGCUCCCCUGCGCUGGUUCCAGCCACCUCUGGCCGUGCCGCUGUGCAGAGCCCGUGCUGGCAGCUUGUGAGGGCUCCUGCGCAAUCCUGGGGUGGCUCCAGGGCGCCCCGCUCUCGUGACCGGUACGUGCAUGGGGAGCAGUGUCUCCUGCUCCCCCCACACAUCUGUAGAUAAAGCAGGGGCUGGGGGCAGCUCAGCUGUGUGGCCUCCCCUGCACAGCAGCACCAGGGAGGCUGAUGGCUGCGCCUGCUCCCUCAGGGAGGUCAGUGUGGUCACUUCCCUCCUGCUCUCCCUCCGUGUCGGCCUUGCCGCACCCCCAGUGCAGUGCUGAGGUGGGGGGCAGCAGGAGGUGCGUGUUUCUCCAUUGCACCCCAAAGCUCCUCUGCUUCUGGCCAGUGCAGGAGGGCUGCACACACCCAGACUGCUCCCCGUGUGCUGAUGCGAGGGUGGCACCUCCCACGCACUGCCCCUGGACAAAGGCCUCCCCAGCCUCCCUGCUGACCUAGAGGGGAAAGAGGAUGGUCACCUCGGGAUCCCCAGCUCUGUCUGUCUGUCUGUAGAGUCACUGUCCUUCCAGGUUAAAGCUCCAAGCCGUACACAGUGUCUCCAUCAGAGCCUCCCGCUGGCUCCCGCUGCUGCCCAGGUGGGGCUGGUCUCCAGCUCAGCAAGAGGAGAGGAGAGGAGCAUCUCUGCAUUGGGGUCAAGCCUCUAGCUGAAUGCUGGAACCUCAAGGCUUUGGACACUGCUAUGGAAUGUCUCUGUCACUUGUGUAUAAAAUGUACAUUGGAAAUAUUUAUAUGGACACUCUGUAUAUACGGUUUCUUUUCCAUAAGUUGCCCUGUGUGUGUUAUCUGCAGCCAAGGAGAUAAAAGCCAAUAAAGCAACCCACCUCCUACCA